UUAUUGUGGAACUUGUGUGGAAAGGAAUAGAAAUUGAGUUUCCCAAUCUUAUAGGUUUAAGAAGCAUUGACAUUUCAAGCAACUAUUUGAUUGGGAAAAUUCCGCCAAGUAUAGCAACUAUGACAGAGUUGAUUUCUCUGAACCUGUCUAGAAACAAAUUGAUGGGAAAUCUUCCUGAAGACUUUGGUAACAUGAAGAUGUUGGAAUCUCUUGAUUUGUCAAGAAAUCAGAUAUCUGGUAAAAUUCCUACAAGUUUUGCGAGCUUAAACUUUCUUAGUGUCUUGGACUUAUCACACAACAACUUGUCAGGAAGAAUUCCAUCGGGCACCCAACUUCAGGGUUUUAAUGCUUCUCAAUAUAUGGGAAAUCUUGGACUUUGUGGACCACCGUUGACACCAAGUUGUCCAGGAGACGGAACAGUUCAAGAUGAUGGAAUCGCGAGAGGAACUAAAAUUGAUAACAAAGAACAGGAGAUUCUGGCAUUCAGGGAAAUGAUGAGCCUAAUUUCCUAGAAGUGGAAAAAUUCAAGGCUUAAUGUUGAAGGUUUUCAGAUGUCGUUGCUUUCCCUUUCGGCAAGAAAUAAAUAUUAUGCUUGUUUCUCUUGAGAUAUGUGUAUGAAUAAUGGAUUGUAUGUAGUAUGAGCUAGUAUAAGUGUAUAACUUUU